AGACUGAUGUUUUCUUUGUGACGAAGAAUUCCUCUCAUUGUCUCUCUCCCCGCACCGACACAACACACAAAACUCCAACACCAAGUGUAGCCGUGUUAGCAACUUACCGCUUUAAUUGCACAAACAAAAAAAGGUACGUCCUGGUUAUUCAAACAAAGGAGAAGAAGUUGCCAAAACUUCUUUAGUUUCUUAUCAAAUAUUAAUACUUAGAGAAGGUGAAACUGAAACUGAAAGCUAGGGAGGGUCAUUAUCUAGGCUUAGAGUUAAGAGAGAGAUUGGAGAAUGGUAGUGAAAUCUCUAUUGUUAGCAUUGCUAUUGGUGACAUGCGCAAGUGGGGAGGACCCUUAUAGGUUCUACACUUGGAAUGUCUCCUAUGGAGACAUCUACCCUCUUGGGAUUAAACAACAGGGAAUAUUGAUAAACGGGCAGUUCCCAGGACCUCAGAUUGAAUCCGUCACCAAUGAUAACUUGAUCAUUAAUGUUUUCAAUAGCUUGGAUCAACCUUUCCUUAUAUCUUGGAAUGGGGUGCAGCAGAGGAGGAAUUCAUGGCAGGAUGGAGUGUAUGGUACUAACUGUCCUAUCCCACCAGGGAAGAACUUCACUUAUGUUCUUCAAGUGAAGGAUCAGAUUGGUAGCUACUUCUACUUUCCUUCCCUUGCAUUCCACAAGGCGGCAGGGGGUUAUGGUGGAUUCAAAAUUGCUAGCCGCUCUGUGAUUCCUGUACCUUUUCCUCCUCCAGCAGCAGAUUUCACCAUAUUGGCUGGAGACUGGUACAACAGAAACCACACUGAUCUGAGAGCCAUUCUAGACAGCGGAAGUGACCUUCCUUUCCCUGAUGGCCUUAUCAUCAAUGGUCGUGGUUCCAAUGCUUACACAUUCACGGUUGAUCAAGGCAAGACUUACAGAUUCCGGAUAUCAAACGUUGGGCUCACAACUUCCAUCAAUUUCAGAGUCCAAGGGCAUAAGAUGCUGCUAGUUGAGGUGGAAGGAAUCCAUACUCUCCAAAACACAUAUGAUUCCCUUGACAUUCAUUUGGGGCAGAGUUACUCUGUGUUGGUAACUGCUGAUCAACCCCCCCAAGACUACUACAUUGUGGUCUCAACACGAUUCACCUCCCAAGUGUUGACUGCUACCUCCAUUCUUCAUUACAGUAACUCAGCUACAAGUGUUUCUGGUCCUCCCCCAGGAGGACCAACUACUCAAAUUGAUUGGUCUCUUGAACAAGCUCGCUCUCUCAGGCGGAAUCUGACAGCAAGUGGACCGAGGCCUAAUCCACAAGGAUCCUACCAUUAUGGUUUGAUAAACACAACCCGAACAAUUAGACUUCAAAAUUCUGCACCAAUUAUCAAUGGCAAGCAGAGAUAUGCUGUCAAUAGUGUUUCCUUCAUCCCUACUGAUACGCCACUUAAACUGGCUGAUUACUUCAAGAUCCCAGGAGUGUUCAGCCUCGGAAGUAUCCCGGACAACCCUACUGGCAGUGGCGGUUACCUCCAGACUUCUGUCGUGGCUGCCGAUUUCCGAGGCUACGCUGAGAUUGUGUUUGAGAACCCUGAAGACAAUCUGCAAUCAUGGCACAUUGAUGGCCACAAUUUCUAUGUUGUUGGAAUGGAUGGAGGCCAAUGGUCAGUUGCAAGCAGGUCAAAUUAUAAUUUGAGAGACACAAUAUCUCGUUGCACAGUUCAGGUGUAUCCCAAGUCAUGGACUGCAGUGUACAUGCCUUUGGACAAUGUGGGAAUGUGGAAUGUGAGAUCAGAAUACUGGGCUCGUCAGUAUUUAGGGCAACAAUUUUAUCUUCGUGUUUAUUCCCCUGCCAAUUCAUGGAGAGAUGAGUACCCAAUACCAAGUAAUGCUUUGUUGUGUGGCCAAGCCAUAGGCCAUUGAACUUGAUUUUCAUAAAGCCACCAAGAAUGAGUUUUUUGCUCAACAAGAGUCAUUCAUUUCCAUGCAUGGCUUAACUGGAGCCAAUUUCAUUUGCACGUUAUAAUAGUAUAGAAUAUGUACUUAUAGGUAUGAGUAAUGUGUUUUAUUGUUUUACCAUUCAAAGCAACCACUUUGAAUUUGUCGCAAGGCAAAAUGAAACAACGAUGUUAAAAUAUUGUUGAUGGAUUUCUUUUACUCUUGUUAUUA